CACGCACACACACACACACACACAUUUGAUUUCCCCCGUACAGCAGGAGAGUUCCUCCAGAGCCGCAGCAGCUCCUCCACAAGCCCGCGUCUACAGCCAAUAAAACAGCAGAAUCAGCACGAGGAUCGCAGGAGGGACUUUCAGAGGAGGGUCUGUGUGUGUCCGUGUGUGUGUGUGUGUGUGUGUGUGUGUGUGAGCGGCCGAGCGUGAAACAGAGAGCCAGAGAAACAAAGACAAGCAGGACAACCAGCAGAAAACACAGUCAAAAACACAGCAAACCCUGCAGGACCCUCUCAGCGCAGCUCCACAACUCCAGCGCUCUGCGUCGACACCGGAGAGCAGCAGAUCUGCGCAGAUAGCUUUGUUUUGUCUCUCUCUCUCUCCUGAAAGCUCUUCGUUGUGCACUAAAUGCGCGUCUGUUUCGGCUGAAAUCGAUCCUCGGGCUCUACGCAAUGCAACCGCGUUCGUUUCCCACGCGUUCGGCUCGGUUGUGCGCGCGCGUUUUCCGCUAUUUAUGUCGCUCCACCUGAAGGAGUGCACAUGCAGACAUGGAGAGCAUCCUCGCGUUUUUCAUUUCGUUCCUCAUGACGCUGGACGCACAGUUGGUUUGCUGGGAGGCGCUGAUCAGAUGCCAUGAGGAGCGCGACUGCGAGCUCGCCUAUAAUCAAUAUCUGACUGCGUGCGAUGGGAAUAUCCGCGGAAGCAGAAACCAGUGUCCGAGCCACUGCAUCAGCGCGCUCAUCCGCCUCAACCAGACCUCCAGCGGGACGCAUUUGGAGAGCUGCGACUGCGGGAUUGAUGUGGAGUGCUUGCGGGCUAAACGCGCCAUCGAACCGUGCAUGCCGCGCACGCAUCCCGGUGAUGCCGACGGAAUGGGAUGCACCGAAGCGCGCCAGCGGUGCGAGGAAGAACCAAGGUGUCAGGCGUCGCUAAACGCGUAUUUAUCCCGCUGCGGACAGCUGUUUAACGGGAGAAAGUGUUCGUCCCGGUGCAAAUCAACCAUAGAGGAGCUGCUGUUCAUGCCUAAUGGAGUCCUGCUGAACCAGUGCGUGUGCGACGGGCUGGAGAGGCCGUUCUGCGAGGUGGUCAAACAAAACAUGGCUAAACUGUGCGCCAUAGGAGACCACAGCAUCUCCAUUGAGCAUGAUGGAACAGAUGAUUUAUAUGAGGAUGAGGAUUAUGAGGGGAAACCCGACGGUGAGGUGACUGACUCUGACGCGGUGUCCAUUUCAAGUGUGCUUACUUUCCCUCCACAGGUUGCUUUGCUCUGCAUUGCAUUCGCUCUGGCUGGAUUUUAGGGACUUUUAGAGGGAUAUUUCGACUGGAAACCCAAAAUGUGUCAUCAUUUACUCGUUCAAGUGGAUCUAAAUGUAAAGUUCUGUUUUCUGUUGGACUUAAAAGUAGAUAUUCAGAGGAAUGUUUGCCGUUGGCAUCUAUUGUAGGAACAAUGCAACACUAUUGAAGCUUUAAGCUUCAGGAUUCUCCAGCAUGCCUUCAUUAGAGAUCAAAUGAAGAAAGAAACACGUAAAGGUUUUGGGGAUUAGUUAAUCAUGACAGAAUUUUUAAAGCGAGCCAUUGUGUGAAAGCUGGAAUACACUAUGAUAUUUAAAAUCUUCACAGCUUUUAACAUUGUUUUCAUUUAUUGGAGAACGUCAUUAUUAGGUUUAAAAUAAUAGAGGAGAGCGGGGCACAAAGCAACACUUAUUGGUUUUGGCCCAAAUAAUGAACAAAGUAAUGGAGUUAGACAAACCAGAUAUUUUUUUACCAACAACACACAAGCCUCUCCUACAAAUGAGCACUGGUUGUAUGAUCACCGGACCCAUGGUUUCUGUGCAGUACUACCAAAAGUGCCAGGAGUAAAAAUGUUAAUAUUUACCCCACCUGCGGGGCAAGUUUUAACAGACAGAGGGUUUGUUAACAUGCUUAAAAAGGCAGAUUUCACACAGUUCAUUUAAAUCCUCUUUACUAUAAAUAGAAGCUAUAUUUCCUCAGUACUUAGCUCUAUUUAUUGUUUAUUUAUUUAUUUAUCUAUUGGAUAAACACAUUUGCAUU